ACAUACAAACAUAUAUACAUCCACGCGCAUGCGCAUACACCUGCAAAGAAUUCCUGUUAUAUUGUCGAUAAUUUUGGAACCUUAUGAUCUUUCAUUCGAGUAUUUCGACGCUUUUGAUGUAUCGAAUCUCUGUUUCAUCGCUUUUCUCUGAGCACUCUCUUCACAUGACAGUGAUCCAAAUUGGGUGCUAACUAUGAGGAGCGAUUGAGGAUCAUAUAACAACUGAGAGAACCAAGGUGUGAGCUCCUUGAUUCAUACUCUAGCAGUCAUGCCGGGGGCUAGGUGAGCUUUCUUUUUCCUCUGUAAACCCAAAGUAUAGAAUAUUCAGAAGCAAAUGAAGGAGCAUUAUCUUGCACAAGUUUUUUAGGUGAAGGCGUAAAGGUUAACAAGAGGAGGAUGGAAGUUUGCCAGUCCCUCAAUUCUACGAAAGGAUUAAAGCACUUCCCUUUGACUCCUUUCCGUAUUUUUAGGGGUCUAAUAUGUUUUUUAGUUUUUCUUUCAACUGCAUUUAUGUUCUUAGUGUAUUUUGUACCUCCAGCUGCUGUAGUUCUGCGGCUUUUCAGUGUACAUUACAGUAGAAAAUCAGUAUGCCUUCUGUUUGGUCUUUGGCUUGGAUUGUGGCCGUUCUUAUUCGAAAAGAUAAACAAAACUAGAGUGAUCUUUUGUGGUGAGAGAGUUCCAGCAAAAGAACGUGUCUUACUUAUAGCCAACCACAGAACAGAGGUUGAUUGGAUGUAUCUGUGGGAUCUAGCAUUGCGGAAGGGGUGCUUGGGCUAUAUUAAAUAUGUCCUCAAGAGCAGUUUAAUGAAAUUGCCAAUCUUUGGCUGGGGAUUUCGCAUAUUGGAGUUCAUCCCAGUGGAGAGAAAAUGGGAACUUGAUCAAUCAGUAAUGCAACAAAUGCUCUCAACCUAUAGCGAUCGUAACGACCCCCUGUGGCUUGCUGUUUUUCCUGAAGGAACUGAUUAUACUGAACAGAAGUGUAAAAGAAGUCAAAAGUAUGCUGCUGAAAAUGGAUUGCUAGUGCUGAAGAAUGUGCUGCUUCCAAAGACACGGGGUUUCUAUGCUUGCUUGGAAACCCUGAGGACCUCCUUGGAUGCAGUUUAUGAUGUGACUAUUGCAUACAAGAAUCAAUGUCCUACUUUCUUGGACAACCUUUUUGGUGUGGAUCCUUCCGAAGUACACAUGCACAUCAGACGUAUCCCUCUUAAGGAAAUCCCGAAAUCUGAAAACGAGGCUGCUGAUUGGUUGAUGAAUGCAUUCCUGUUCAAGGAUCAGCUGCUCUCUGAUUUUAUAACUGAUGGCCAGUUCCCUCAUCAAGGAACAGAAGGUGAACUUUCGACUUCGAAAUGUUUGGCUAAUUGUGGAGUAGUGAUUGCUCUUACUGGAUGGUUCAUGUAUCUUACCAUUUGUUCAUCCAUUUGGUUUAAAGUUUACGUAGGUUUAGCUUGCAUUUACCUUGCUUCUGCUUCUUAUUUCGAUAUCAGACCCUCUCCAGUUCUUGGUACUAUUAAAGAAAUGUUGCAGAGGAAAAAUGUGUAGAAUACAUUUUUAUCUUAGACAUAAUAAGGUUGUUGUAAAAGAUUUUUGGGUGUAAAUUCUUGCUUAUUAACUAUGGCAACAAAUGAUUUGUAUUUACUUUGUCAUAGCAGAUUUUUU